AUGGCUCCUCCCAAGGCACCGGCGUCCCCUGCCGCUGACUCCGGCCUGGACCAGGAGAAUGCGUUCCUGGCCCAGUGUUUGAAGUCGAUGGAUGCGACUAGCAAGAAGAUUGACAUGGGAGCUGUCGCCGAGGCACUGGGAUACGGCAAUGUCAAGUCCGCUGGUAAUCGAUUCGGCAGCCUCAAGAGAAAAUACUCGAUCCCGGUCGACGUGUUCUAUCCCCGCUCCAAGUCUCCGGCGAUCCCAAAGGUGUCCCCCAACAAGGUCCAGAAAUCGACUGCCAAGCGCGGACGCCAGCCUAAGGCGGAGGUUGUCAGGGAGCCCGAGUCCAUCCAGGACGACACUGACGAUGACAAGCCCAAUGAGGGGGAAAUUUAA